GCCAGGUGGGGCAAGGGGGUGGGAGGCGGCGGCCGCUCUGCGUGUGCGAGCGGCCCGCGGUCCCGAUGAAGGGGUAGUGCUUCUGUGCUUGGCUCGGUCGCCGGGCCGUGCCCUUGAGCGCCAAUGGAUUCAGCUAUGGAGGGUUCGGUUACGGGUGUGAUUGCGACGGUGGCCCCCGGCAGCACGGAGAGGGAAAUGCUUCAAGUACCAUCAGAAGAUGUGUUUCCCAAGAUGGAAAGUUCAGUUGAAGAGAUGGAUACCUCUGAUACCCAGUGGGGCUGGUUUUAUUUGGCUGAGUGUGGUAAAUGGCAYAUGUUUCAGACCGACUCAAACAGUCAUUGCUCAAUUAGCAGUGAAGAUAUUGAAAGGAGUUUCCGAACAAACCCCCAUGGUUCUCUAUCUUUUACAACUGCAAAGUUUAACUACACGCUGGACUUUUCGGUGAUGAAGCAAAUCAACCUAACUACCCUUAAGCAACGUCCAAUAAAGCGAGCUCCCUUUGCUAUCAAUUCAUUCAGUUUCAUCUGUGAAAAUGAGGCUAUCCCUAUGCCUUCACACUGGGAGAAUGUAAAUACUGAGGAGCCAUAUCAGCUUAUUCCAUUGCAAAAGAAAACAAAUGAAUAUAAUGAAGUUUCUAGUCUCUUUGGAAAAACAAUGGAUAGCCACCGAAUUAAAAGAAUUAAGAGAAUACAAAAUCUAGACUUGUGGGAGUUUUUUUGCAGGAAGAAAGCUCAGCUGAAGAAGAAAAGAGGUGUCCCAAUGAUUAAUGAGCAGAUGCUGUUUCAUGGCACCAGUAAUGAAUUUGUAGAAGCAAUAUGUAUUCAUAACUUUGACUGGAGAAUAAAUGGGAUGCAUGCUGCUGUGUAUGGAAAAGGGACCUAUUUUGCAAGAGAUGCAUCAUAUUCCAGCCAUUUCUGCAAAGAGAGCAUGAAGCACGGAGAUACUUUUCAGAUUCAUGGUGUGAAUCUGCAGCCUCAUCUGCAUAGACCAGAUAAAGUCAUGUUUCUUGCUCGUGUAUUAACUGGUGACUAUAUUGGUGGCGAUUCCAAAUACAUGCGGCCUCCUUCGAAAGAUGGAAGCUUUGUGAACUUGUAUGACAGCUGUGUGGAUAAUACCUGGAACCCAAAGAUCUUUGUCAUCUUCGAUGCCAACCAAAUCUACCCAGAGUACUUAAUAGAAUUUUGUUAAGUUUGAACUGAGUAUUGUUUGUGUUUUUUUGAUACUUUUGUUCAUUUUGUAAAGACAACAACAUAAAAACAUGAUGCGUGAAAGAGACGUGAAGGAAAAGCUGCCAUACGUUUAUGGAYGAAUGAAGCUAUUAAAUAUUUAAGAGAGACUGGUGAACUGUUUUUAAAAAUCUGUAAACUUUACUAAUGCAUUUUUCAAAUGUAGAGACUUAGAAAUCUGAAGUUGCUUAGUGAGCCUUAAAUACAUUCAGCAUUGGUAAGUUUUCAAAGGCAAGAUCUAUGUUCUGAUUUUCUAAAGUAUAUUAAAAAUGGUAGAAAUAUGCCUCUAAUAUAGUAUGCAUAUGAUGAAACUAAUCUUUUAUAAAGAUUGCCUAUAAAACUUAAAGUAAGAACAACAACAGCAAAACCCUGGGGGACGUGGCUAUAUGUGUGUGUGUCUGUGUUCUGUAGUACAUUUCGCUUUGUUUGGAGGUSUCUUAGUUUGGAUUCUAAAUCUAAAAAAAAAUUACAAAUCUACAGUUCCUGCAUCAGUCUUCUCCAGAUAAAGUUCAUCAAAGCUGUUAGGUUUAACUUUAUGAACAUUUUACUGUUAGCUUCAAUACUAUACUGGGAAAAUUACCAAGYCCUUKCACUAGGAUUUGACCAUUGGUUUUGAUGGAAUGAGGCCCAUAAACUUGUGGUUGUUAGUUGUUUGAUAUAUAACUGUUGGCCUCACUGUUGGGAUAUCAGCAGUGCCAUACACCUUUCUCAGUUCUUGUCCUAUGGAAUUUUUGCCAUCUUGUUACAGUAUUCAUGUGCUGCUGUGAUUCCUGUCUGGUCAGAGUUUAAGAUGCACUCAGUGCUCMUGUACUUGCUGUUACGGAAGACAAUGUUUAAAUUAACUUAACUGGAAAUAAUACAGUUGAAGUAACAGUGCARAUAUCAAAAGAUGCCAUCCUUUAGUUUUUAAACACUGUAAUAGAAAGCUUUAAAUACCAGUCAUGUAGACCAGGUUUUCAUAAUUGAUAUGGUUGUAAAGUCAAAGAGUAUUUUUCACGUGUAGAAAGUGCAAAAGAAACAAUAUUUGGGUGAAGAGCAAACUUGAACACCUAAACUUGAGAAGAGCCUGAGGAAGGGACUGUUGCAGUGAAAUACACUGAUGUUUUAUAUKAUUUGCUAURAAWUUGGGUCCCUAGUGUUCUUUGUUARAGGACCUAAGUAACACUAAUGGACACGGUUGAAAUCUUUGGCUAUGGCCAGUAACAAGUCCCUGUAGAAAUGUUAUAUAAUUGUGGCAGAUGUGGAAUGAUCGGUGUUGGUUUGUUGUAGAAUUGUUAAUGGACUUUUUGGAUCAAAGGCUAUGUUUAGAAUGUAUUGUAUUUAAAAGGCACUGCAGCUGCUGGCAAGACCAAGUUUGCUCAACAUCAUACUAAACCGGUGGAACUGGAAGCAGACAAUGAUGACAUAUCUCACAUCGUAACUGAGGACACAAGUAUCUCUUCCUUCUCCUGAGUGCUGUUACCGUUGCCUGUCAGUGGAUCUUGCACAAGUUGUGUAUCUGCUUCUGUUUGUAAUUUCAUGGCAAUUCUCCUGUCCCUAAACCAUUUAGGGCUAAAAUGCAUUUUCCUUUAUUUUAGGAAGUGUGAUUUCUGAUCCCUGUUGGGAACUCUAGGUUCUACUCUUGUAGGUAUGAUUUGUGUUUGAUUCACUACUAUGCUAGCUCUGCAAAAGGCACUUUGUUCCCCACCUUGUAUAAAAUAAUAGCGAAUCACACAGGGAAUUUGUGUAUUACUGACUCCUUUUUAUUCUUGCACAGUAUUCUACAGAACAUACAUUUUGUGAAACUAACAAGUACAUGUGCUGUUGUUCCUUUGAUUUGGUAUUUUAUUUUCUUYUGAGGUCUAAACUGACCUUUUUAGUUAAGAAAACUGAAGUUUGUUUUUGAGCRUCUCAUGGACACAAAGUACCAUAAUCUUUACUGAUCUCAGAGACUUUCCCCAUUGUUUGUAUGGUGGUGUCUUGUUUGCUGCUUAAUUUGAAUUGAAUGGCACAAUCUUAAUCUUACAGCACAAUUGAAGUUUUACCUCUUCUUUCAGUGUUCAAUGUGUUCUGCUUUUUGUUGUCUAUUUUUGUGCUGAUGAAUUUUGUUAUUGAAGAUGUCUGUAAAAUAACCGUCCUUUUCCUGGCAAGGGGAGAGAGAUUAUUAUUGCAAGCAAAGUCCAUAACUGUACAAGUAGGCCAAUACAGGAAAUAGUUUGACUUAAUAAAAGGAGCAGUGAGAAAGAAAGGGAGGAAAAUAAUUUCUUGGCCUAUAGAGUGCUAAAGAAAAGAGAAAGGAUCUUGGUGUGAUUCUGGGGAAGGAAACCUGCUAUUUUCUGUUACUAUUUCAUGUAAUGAARCUAUGUGCUUCAUUUUGGUUUUAUGCCUAUUCAAGAGCUUUUCAUUCUCUUACGUGUCUUGAUCUGAGGCAGAGCUUUCUUACUAAAUUAUUCUUGUGGCAGAAUGUUGUCACCUGAGUACAGCACUUUAGGAUGAUAUAGAAAAAUAACAUCAGSUUUUACUGGUGUCUUGGACCAGGUUUGCUUUUUACGAUGGGUAUGUACUGAGUUAUUGCUGAACAGAUCUCAUUUCAUCCAGAGCAAUUUGGGAGAGUAUCUGUUUGCAUUCCAGUUCAUUURCUGGGUCAGUUUGCAUGAACUCUUGUUUUUAAGUUAGAAUCUGAAGAAAAAAAAUCUGUUUUUUAAUAGAUGUUCCAGUACACUCYCAUCCAAGCUACAUGUGAGAUGUGUAAUGUGCUGGCUGGAGCUGGCAACUUAAAUUUCAGGAGUACACUGGAUACCAGUCCAUCUGGUGUCUUGAGGACAACUCUCAUCCUUUUUAAACCUUAAUCAGCACAGAAGAUCAUAGCAGGAAGGCUCAAGUGAGUUUGUGCAGUCUGCAGAGUGAAAAUUACCUUCAGGAAGAUGUGCAUAUGCCAGUCUUAAAAUUCCUUUGACCUAAAUGUCCAUCAGUGUUGCAGCUCUUCUAGGCCAAAACAGCAGACUCACAAAACAGCAUAGGCUCCAGUAUAGCCAUCUACUCUUGACAAGUYACAAAAAAAUACUAUGGGGACUGACAGAUGGAAUAUUUCGUAAUAUAUUUGCUUCUCCCAUACUUGCUUUUCUCUGCUGCCAGAAACCUGCAGAAUUAGAAGUUUAGAGGCAUAAUCUUUGAGCAGGCAGUUUAGGAAUAUUUUGCUUGGCUGCUUUUGUUUGUU